AUUUUUGUUCACAUUCACAUAUUUCCACACUUAACUAGUAAUUUUCUUUUCACUUUUCACAUUCUCCAUGCACUCUUUAGUCUUUACAUAUAUGAGAAGGUUAUCCAAUGGUUAGUUCUUUCCUUAUGGAUUUGAGUAGCUUAUUCUUUUGAUUUCCACAUCAUUUUUCUUUCCCUUGUCAAGUCCUUUCUUAAAAAACGUCUGUCGCAACACAACCUUAAUUAAGGUAGCCAAGAGUUCAUUCCUUGAACCUGCAAAAGGGAACGAAAAGUAAAAAUGUUGCAUGUGACAUAGUAGUAACCUGACUCGAGAUGUUGAAUCCAAGAAACAGAACAAUGCAGUUUAUUAAUCCAGCAGAUAGCUAUGCAGGGGAAAUUUUUCAUGUUUUUUCUUUCUGCAGCUGCAAAUUUGGUGUAGUAGAUUGUCAUGACGGGAAGAUAUACCAUAUGGUUUCUUCUAUAUUCUGCCAAUGCUUCUGGGGACCUUAACUUUGAUUUGGUCAUGUUUUAUGAUUGUCAGGAUGCUUUGUAACGUGAAGAAACGGGUGCCUCAAGGUUUAGAACAGACAAUGAGCAACUCAACUUCGGACAUAAUCAGUAAUCUUCCAUGCAAUGUACUAGAAAAAAUCUUAAUGUGUUUGACGAUACAGGAUGCGGCGAGGACGAGUGUUUUGUCAAGGAAAUGGAGGUAUAAUUGGACUAAACUUCCCCAUCUCAUCUUUAAUGAUGAGUAUUGCAGAGGAUCGAGGGGGGUAGCGAUGAACAAACAUAUAAUGACUAUUCUUGGAGUUCUGUUACUCCAUCAAGGACCAAUACUCAAGUUCACUCUCUCCUUGGCGGCAGUGGAAAGCUGUCCUGAACUUGACCUGGUGGUAUCUUUUGUCUUAAACAAUGGCAUCCAGGAGUUCACCCUACACAUUCAGAAUGGUGGACCUUACAGAUUGCCAUCAACACUAUUUUUGUGCCUACAAAUUGAGCAUUUGGAUCUUGUUUCUUGUGUAUAUAAACCUCCUCUUGCGUUCAAAGGAUUUACCAGGCUCCUUUCCCUUGUGUUUAAUGAAGUUGUCAUUCCCGGUGAUGUACUCUCAAGUCUAAUCUCCAGUUGCCCUCUACUUGAACGGCUGACUGUUAUUUCGUCCACUAUUGUCGAUUACCUUCAAAUUGUCGCUCCUAAUCUUAGAUUCUUACACUGCGAGGGCCUUUUCAGAUCUAUUUCUGUCCAAAAUAGUUGUCAUCUUGCAGAAGUCUCAGUCUUUCUAAAAAGAUUGAGGAAUUGGUCGGCAUUCAAUGAAGGAGAGCCUUUAUACUCUAACAUGCUUCCUGAAAGUAUACCUGCCAUUGAGCUUCUGGAAUUGGACCCCUAUAAUAUCAAGUUCAUGGCUGUAGGUGGUGUACCAAAGAGUCUUCCAACUACUUUGGCCUGCCUUAAAGUUCUCAAGUUGUAUGAUAUUUGUUUCGGGGACGUAAGUUUGGUCUCUAACAUUCUCUGCUUAAUUAGAAGCUCCCCAAACAUGGAAAAAUUGGAAGUUUGGGCGUGGCCCGAGGGAAAUGCUUUAGUUGAUCCCUUUCUAGAACUUAUGGAAGUGGAAGGACGGUCGGAUACAACCUUAAACCAACUUCGUGAAGUGAACAUGCAUUCAGUAUCUGGUAAGUCUGAGUUGCUAUUUCUUAAAUUUAUAUUGGCCAAAUGGCGUAUGCUGGAGACGUUGAUUGUAGUAGGUUCACUGGGGGAUGUUUAUUUUGGAUUUGGUUUAUUGAAAGAGUUGACACGAUUUCGAAGCUUAUCGCCUCAAGCAGAAAUCAUAUUCGUAAUUCCCGGUGUUGCAGUCUAGCAGAUGGGUUCGAGUGAGGCAGGGAGAUGAUCUUUUAGGUGUUUGGUGUGUACUGGGUCCCCAAGUUAAAGCAAUUGUUGCAAUUG